CAUUUGAGUUCAGUGGUGUACGAGCAUUUGCUUACACUACACGCACUGAGUUUAAUUUUGAAGAACAGCAAAUUUCAUUUCAUUAUGGGUGUCGUCACGUUACUACUUACUGCGCUGAUAGCAGUGAUCGGGUAUCUGUUCAUACGACUGCAUCAACGCAUGCACUAUUGGCAGAGAAAGGGCAUUCCCUGCGAGGAACCCAGCCUUCUAAUGGGAAGCAUGAAGGGCGUGCAAACUGAGCGAGCGUUUAUAGAUAUUUGGACGCAUCAUUACAACAAGUUCAAAGGAACUGGACCUUUUGCGGGCUUUUACUGGUUCCAACGUCCAGCUGCAUUUGUAUUGGAACCUUUCCUAGUGAAGCACAUUCUGAUAAAGGACUUCAAUAAGUUUUCCGAUCGAGGAUUCUUUAGCAACCCCGAGGAUGACCCACUUUCUGGGCAGCUUUUUGUAUUGGAUGGACAUAAAUGGAGAUCUAUGAGGAAUAAGCUUUCAUCCACCUUUACGUCUGGCAAAAUGAAGUACAUGUUUCCCACGGUAGUGAAGAUAAGCCACGAGUUCAUCAAAGUCUUUGGAGAUAUGGCAGACAAGUCUUCGGUGAUUGAGGUGAGAGAGCUGCUGGCUCGGUUUACUACGGAUGUUAUCGGUAAUGUCGCCUUUGGCAUUGAGUGCAACAGUCUUAAGGAUCCUGAAGCGGAAUUCCGCGUUAUGGGUCGCAAAUCUCUAACUGAUAAACGCCAUGGUUUAGUGGGAAUCGCAGUACUGACUAGUUUUCCAAAGUUUGCAAAACGGUUACAUUUGAAAGGGACAGCGGAACACAUCGAAAAGUUCUUCAUGAAAAUCGUUAGAGAAACUGUUGACUUCAGAGAGAAAAACAAUAUUCGUCGCAACGAUUUCAUGGACCAACUGAUUGACUUAAAAAAUAAUCGAUUGCUAAAGACCGAAACAGGAGAGGACACGAGUCUGACAAUUGAGGAGAUAGCUGCUCAGACCUUCCUGUUCUUUGCUGCUGGAUUUGAAACUUCUUCAACGACAAUGGGCUUUGCCCUGUAUGAGCUGGCCCAGAAUGUGGAAAUACAGAACCGAUUGAGGCAGGAGUGCAAAGAGGUUCUAGCCAAGUAUAAUGGGGAUCUUACCUAUGAGUGUAUCAAAGAUAUGCAGUAUUUGAACCAAGUCAUAUCAGAGACCUUGCGACUAUACACGGUUCUUCCAAUUCUCAAUCGGGAGGCCCUAGAGGAUUUUGUGGUACCUGGAUAUCCGAAAUAUGUGAUCAAGCAGGGCACGAUGGUUAUUAUACCUGCCGGUCCUAUGCAUCGUGAUGAAAAGCUAUAUCCGGAACCGAAUCGCUUCAACCCAGAUAAUUUCGAGCCAGAAAAAGUGAAGAACCGUGACUCUGUGGAGUGGCUUCCCUUUGGAGAUGGACCACGAAAUUGCAUUGGAAAGCGAUUCGGAGAAAUGCAGGCUCGCAUUGGUCUCGCAAUGCUUAUUAAGGACUUUAAGUUUUCAGUGUGCGAUAAGACAGUGAUACCCAUUAAAUAUGACAAAACGAACUUCGUGGUAUCCAGCGAAGGCGGCAUUCACCUGAAGGUAGAGCGAGUCUAAAAAGUGUGUUCACAAAUGUAUUUAUAAUAGUAAAGAUUACUUAAAAGACUUUGGCAAUAAAUAAAAUGUAUAGGAAGCAAUGGACUAAAUGGAUAAGUGAAUGUCUUCAAACAAACAUAGAAACAAAAAUUUAAAUUCUUUUUAGUAAUUGAUCACUUAUUAUAGUCAUAAGUAUACCAAAACAUUGUUUAUUUUUAUUAGACCCAGUGUCACGUGUAACACUUAAAUAAAACAAUAAAAUUAUUGUACUAUAGAUAAUAAACUUA